CCAUUUCUCUCUCUGUCUCUCUCUCUAUCACUAGAAGGAGAAGAAGAAGAAGAUAACCCACAUUGGCUUUGGCUAAGACAUGCCGACCCUGAAGGGCAAGAGCUCCAAGAAGAAUAAAGGCGGCGCCAAGGUACACAAGAGGGGCGGCAAGAAGCACUCCAUAGACGACGACCCCUUCUUCAGCCACCAGAAGCGGCGCCGGGUCGAGGACGACGACGACGGCGGCGGCGGCGGCGACGACGAUAUAAUAGCCAGCGACGCCUCCUCCGGCGGCGAGGAGGAGGAGGGCGUCGCGGGGGAGGCGGAGGAGUCCGAGUUCGACAGGGAGACCGCGGACGAGAGGCGGCAGCGGGUGGCCAAGGAGUACCUGGAUAGGAUCCGGGCGAUCGCGAGGAGGGAGAAGGAAGACGGCGAUGCGGGCGAGGAGGAGGAUGAGGAGGAGGAGGGGGAGGAGGAUGAGUUCGGGGGAAGAGAGAGGGACGGGGUCCGGGAUUCGCUCGUCUCGAAGAUUCUGCAGCAGGAGCAGCUCGAAGAUAGCGGGAGAGUCCGCCGGCAAAUCGCUUCCAGGGUUAAAAGGCCAGAGACAGUUGAUAACUUUUGCACCUUAGUAAAGCACCGACAUUCUGUAACGGCUGUAACAUUGUCUGCGGAUGACUUGAGGGGCUUUUCGGCAUCAAAGGAUGGUACCAUAUUGCAUUGGGAUGUGAGCAGUGGAAAAAGUGAAAGGUACGUAUGGCCGAGAGAGGAAACACUGAGGUCUCACGGAACCAAGGAUCCGCAAGGUCGAGCCAAAAAGCAUAGUAAACAUGUUUUAGCUUUGGCUGUUAGCUCGGAUGGGAGAUAUUUGGCCAGUGGAGGCCAAGACCGCCAUGUUCAUUUGUGGGAUACUCGGACACGCGAGCACAUUCAGGCUUUUCCAGGUCAUAGAGGACCAGUGUCUUGUUUAACUUAUAGGCAAGGGACUUCGGAACUUUUCUCUGGUUCUUUUGAUCGAACAAUCAAGAUGUGGAACACGGAUGACAGAGCUUACAUUAACACCUUGUUUGGCCACCAAAGUGAAGUUCUAACUAUAGAUUGCUUAAGAAAGGAACGUGUUUUGACUGUCGGGCGUGAUCGGACAAUGCAAUUGUUUAAGAUUCCAGAAGAGACAAGAAUAGUUUUCAGAGCUCCGGCAUCAUCUUUAGAAUGCUGUUGUUUUAUUAGCAAUGACGAAUACUUGACUGGCUCGGAUGAUGGAAGUCUCGAGCUCUGGAGUAUGCUACGAAAGAAACCUGUUUACAUUGUUAAGAAUGCUCAUCCUUUCUUACUUGAGGACAAUAAGCUUGAUAACAGAGAUGGCGGAAAAACCCCCAACGGUCACGCAGAGAAUUUGGAAUCUAAUCUUGAAAACAAUCAUCAUUCAACAGCAUAUUCAUGGGUGAGUUCAGUCAGUGUGUGCAGAGGUAGUGAUCUUGCCGCCUCAGGCGCUGGAAAUGGUUAUGUUCGUCUGUGGGCUAUUGGGAGUGAGACCAAAGAUAUUCAGCCCUUAUAUGAUCUUCCACUGGUUGGAUUUGUCAAUUCAUUGGCAUUUGCAAAAUCCGGGGAGUUCCUUGUGGCGGCAGUUGGACAGGAACCCCGUCUAGGACGGUGGGGGCGUGUGCAAGCCGCCAGUAAUGGUGUCGCCCUCCAGUCUCUCAAGCUUUCUUAAGGGCAAACAUUGGCUCUUCAAUUUUGACUGAUAAGGUGUCUUGAUCUCUGUAAUGUUCAUUUAGCUUCUAUGCUGACUUUUACUCUAUACGGGGCCUUCUGUAUCCAUACGUGUUUAUUACAUUUUUAGAAAGAAAGAAUCAUCCAGAGACCAAAUUUGGUGGUCUAUUAGGAAAACCCUAA